AUGAAGUUUGCUGCUAUCUCCACGGCCUCCAUUGUCGUCGCCGCCUUCGCCGGCGUGCGCGCUCAGCUCCCUCCUGGAGUCACGCCCUGUAUCACCAGCUGCCUCACGCAGGCCGCAGCCACAGACCUCGAUGGGUGUUCCGUAACGGACAAACAGUGCCUGUGCGCAAACACGAAGAUCCAGCAAGACGUCCUCAGCUGCAUCCAGCAGAACUGUUCGCAGAUGGAGCUCGAGGCCACGCAGGUGUUCAUCGCGGCGGAGUGUGCGACUUCUAGUGCUCCUCCGGCCGCCCCGACAACGACGUCCACGCAUGUGGUGUCACAGACGACGACGCACAGCGUGGUGGUGUCACAGACGACGACGCAUAGCAUGGUGGUGUCGACUACGUCGAUCCACGUCUCGAGCUCCGUUGUAAUCGAGACGUCGACCAAAACUCUAAGCAGCACGGCGAUUACCAGCAGCGCAGCCUCUAGCCUGAUAUCGUCGUCCGCCAUUACUCCUUCGUCCAGCAGCUCUAUCGCGUCUGUCUCUGAAGACACGAGCCUGAGCGCCACUUCGACAGCGCCCGAUCCUACGUCUUCCGACUCUGUCGAGACGAUGACUUCCAUUGCUACUCCGAGCGGGACGAACGCCGCGUCGCGCGCAGGACUGGGAGCAGUUGGCAUGUUCGCUCUAGGCGCCGUUCUGGGGGGCGCUGCGGUCUGGUGA